AUGGGUUCCAUAAUCAAUAUCAGCAAUGUGAGUGAUAUUAAGCCUUACAAACCUGAAUGGAGGGUCGAGGUCAAAGUUCUUCAUAAGACGACCAGCCACGUCUACAAGAUGGUUUUCAGAAAUGAGACUACAAUAACUGAUUCAAGUCUACACUGUGACAACAUGUUCCUAGAUCUCUAUGAUUUUGAGAACAUGUUAAACGGUUCCCAUGACACAAGAUUUCUUAUUGAUGUUAUGGGUGAAGUCUUAGAUCUUGGUGUGCUUAAAAAUGUUCAAAAUGCAAGAACCGAGGUAAACAAAGUGGAGUUUACUCUUAGAGAUAUCAAGGAUAAUCGUAUCCAUUGUUGCAUUAUGGGAAGAUCAGCUCAUAUUUUGGCCGAUGAUGCCCAUAAACUAAACAAUGGAGAUAUCUGUUUAAUCAGAUUUGCUAAACUUCAAAACCUAGAUGGAAAAAUUCAAGUAUCAAAUGCUUUUGAUUGCUCAUUGGUUUUAAUAAACCCAUCUAUAGAGGAAGCACGAGCACUGAAUAGAAGGUUUAAUGGUGAUGAAAACUCUGGUGUUAAAAAAAUUAUUCACCAAGCUGCAAGUGACAAGAUUGAAAUACAGAAUAAGCGCCACAAAUGGUCUCAAUCUCCAUUCAAUACCAUUCAUGAGAUGAUACGAACAGCUAAGGGUGAACACUGCAGAGUCAUUUGUACUAUUUAUGCUAUUGAUACAAUGAGUGGAUGGUACUAUUUUUCUUGUGUGGUGUGCAACAAUAAGGUUUCCAAAUCGCGAAUUGCAUUUGAUGAACUAGAUGUGCAAAAAUGGUGGUGUGAAUUUUGCGAGGGUAGUGUUCUCAAGGUUUCGCCAAGAUUCAAUUUGAAUUUGCUUGUGCAAGAUCUCACUGGUGAAUCGAAAUUCAGUCUGUUAGAUUAUGAAGCUACUUACAUUGUAAAAUCUUCUGCAGCUAAAGUCCUAAAUGGUUGUUUGGAUGAGGUUUUGCGCCCUUUGUUUUAA